UUGGAGAUGUCAAACCACGUAAAACCGUACAAAGGUUUUGACAGUUCGGAACUUAGAAAAUAUAACCCUCGCCUCAGAUCUCUCCAAGACUCUUCGAUGACACAAGCAGAGCUAUAAACAAGCAUAGCAGUUUGUUUAUAGAAAUUAGCCAAAGAGGAAGACCCAUGUUUGCAUAUCCACUUAUUUCUGCUACAACAACGACAAAAAAUAAGGAGUGGUUUCGGGGUUUGAAGUUGUUUAUCUACCGUAUUCUUGAGGUACAUGCAUGACUCUGUCUAUUGGUUUGCUUCCUUGACUCACCAUUUUGGUUUCUCUUUAGUUUUGUCCAAAUUUUGGUGUCUCAAUUGAAGGGAAGAAAGAUUAAAACAGGGGUCCUUUUUUCUUCCACGUUUAUUCAUGGUCAAUUGUUUAUACUUUAUUAGUCUAUGCUUUGGAAUUCGAUAGCCUGUUAUCCUUUUCUUCUCUCUUACCUGGAAUUUUCCUGAAUCUGGGAAUUGUUAGCUUUAGAUGUAUAGCAACCUGCUUUAAUAGUUUAACUUGUGAGUACUGAUUCAAGAGUGAUCGUGUAAUGUGGAGUUUGUCAUUGGUUUGUUCAUAUAAACUGUCCAUCAAAGCCCUUUUCUUCGUUUCCUGGAUUUUGUAGCAGAAUCUCGUUCUUUUGUUUAUUUUGUUUGUCCUCCUCUUCUUGAGUGUUCAUGGACCGAUGGGGUUUGAUUCGCUUUAUGGGUUCCAUUUCAUUGUUUGUCCUCCUCCUUCCUGAAGCCUGUAAGGCUGGUCUCCAAUAUGUAGGAACGAUCUAUCCUGGGUUUCAAGGGUCUCAAAUGACUUGGAUCAAUCUUAAUGGGUUGUUUCUUAUAUCUAACAACUCGAAUUUCGCAUUUGGCUUCUCAACUACUCAAGAUGUUACACAAUUUCUGUUAGUCGUUGUCCACAUGGGUAGCUCGAAGGUCAUUUGGUCUGCAAAUAGAGGGUCCCCAGUUUCAAAUUCUGAUAAAUUUAUCUUCGGUGGAGAUGGGAAGGUUUCUUUGCAAAAAGGGGAAGCUGUGGUUUGGACAGCUGAUACCGGUGGCAAGAGGGUUUCUGCGAUAGAAAUGCGGGAUUCAGGAAAUUUGGUUUUGCUCGGGAAUGGUGGUAGUGUACUUUGGCAGAGUUUUAGCCAUCCUACCGAUACACUUAUAUCGAACCAGGAUUUUGUUGAUGGAAUGAAACUUGUAAGUGAUCCUAACUCCAACAAGCUGACCCAUAUCCUUGAAAUCAAGUCCGGAGACAUAAUGCUUUCUGCAGGUUUCCAAACUCCCCAGCCUUAUUGGUCCAUCCAAAAGGAGAGGCGGAUGACCAUCGAUAAAGGUGGUGGGAAAGUUGCUGUGGCAUCUCUCAGUGGAAAUUCAUGGAAAUUCUAUGAUGGAAACAAAGUGUUCCUGUCACAAUUUAUUUUCUCAGAUAGUACUGAUGCAAAUGGCACUUCGAUUGCAGUUCUAGGAAAUGAUGGUUUUAUAUCUUUCUACAAUCUUGAUGAUGGAGGCAGUGAUUCACAAACAAAAAUACCAAGUGAUCCAUGCAGCAGACCAGAGGCUUGCGAUGCACAUUAUGUUUGUUCUGGUAACAAUGUAUGUCAGUGCCCUUCUGGUCUUAGUAAUCGCCUGAAUUGCCAGACGGAGGCUGUCUCUUCCUGUGAUCGUUCAAAUGGUUCUACAGAGCUUGUGAGUGCUGGGGAUCGGCUCAAUUAUUUUGCUCUGGGGUUUGUUCCACCCUCUUCAAGAACCGAUUUGGAAGGUUGCAAAUCCGCUUGCCGUGGUAAUUGCUCAUGCCUUGCGUUUUUCUUCCAUAACAGUUCUGGAAACUGCUUCCUGUUCAGCGACAUAGGAAGUUUCCAGAACUCUAAUGCAGGCUCUAGCUUUGUUGCAUACAUUAAAGUUCCAAGAGAUGGAGGCAGUGGUUCCAAUGCUGGAGGGGAUGGGAGCGGCUUCAAAAGCUUUCCAAUUGUUGUGAUAAUAGUCAUUGGAACGUUGAUUGCCAUCUGUGGUCUAUUUUAUAUGGCGUUUCGCUAUCACAGGAAAAAGAAGAAGAUGCUAGAAUCUCCCCACAACACCUCAGAAGAUGAGAACUUCCUAGAGACUUUAUCUGGGAUGCCAAUCCGUUUUAGUUACAGAGAUCUUCAGACAGCUACUAAUAACUUCUCGGUGAAGCUUGGACAAGGAGGAUUUGGCUCAGUUUAUCAAGGAGCUCUCCCAGAUGGAACCCAACUAGCUGUGAAGAAGUUGGAAGGCAUGGGUCAGGGAAAGAAAGAAUUUCGAGCUGAAGUUAGCAUAAUUGGCAGUAUCCAUCAUCACCACUUGGUCAGGAUAAAAGGCUUCUGUGCUGAAGGAACUCAUCGCCUUCUUGCUUAUGAGUUCAUGGCAAAUGGCUCUUUGGAUAAAUGGAUCUUCAAGAGAAACAAAGAAGAAUUCCUGCUGGAUUGGGAAACAAGAUUCAAUAUUGCUGUAGGAACAGCAAAAGGACUAGCUUACCUCCAUGAAGACUGUGAUGUUAAGAUCAUUCAUUGUGACAUAAAACCAGAAAACGUGCUUCUUGAUGGUCAAUUCCUUGCUAAAGUCUCAGAUUUCGGCUUGGCCAAGUUAAUGAAUCGAGAGCAAAGCCAUGUUUUCACAACAUUAAGAGGCACCAGAGGGUACCUUGCACCAGAAUGGAUCACAAAUUAUGCUAUAUCAGAGAAAAGUGAUGUUUAUAGCUAUGGCAUGUUGUUGCUUGAGAUCAUUGGUGGAAGAAAAAACUUCGAUCCAACUGAAUCUUCGGAGAAGUCCCAUUUCCCUUCUUAUGCAUUCAAGAUGAUGGAAGAAGGGAGACUGAAGGAAAUCCUUGAUUCGAAGCUGAGGUUAGACAAUGACGACGAUAGGGUUUCCACGUCUAUUAAAGUUGCAUUAUGGUGUAUACAGGAAGAUAUGAAUCUCAGGCCAUCAAUGAACAAAGUAGUCCAAAUGCUUGAAGGUCUCUCCCCAGUUCCACUGCCACCAACUUCAUCACCAUUGGGUUGCCGGUUUUAUUCAAGUUUCUUCAAAUCAACAAGUGAGGAGGGCACUUCCUCAGGACCAUCGGACUGCAAUAGUGAUGCCUACCUCUCUGCAGUGCGACUUUCCGGCCCUAGAUAACAUUUGCUGAGGGGAAUCCUUAUUUCUAGAUGUAGAUUUGAGCCAUUUCUGCAUAUGUUUCCCAUAUUGUUCCUGUAUAUUUGUUAUAUUACUUUAUAGUUUUGCCGCACUAGCCAUUAGUUAAUGCUUGAUCGCUUUUGUACUCACUGAUUUGAGAUGUAAAUUAAGAGUGUCGACUGUGACAAAGUGAUAAAGCAUAGAGAAUUUCCACAAAA